AGCCGCGGGGGCAGCGCCCUCGGGGAGCCGGCCUGCCGGCGGCGGCGGCACCAGCGGCAUUUCUCGCCUCCUCUUCGUCUCCUUUUCUAACCGUGCAGCCUCUUCCUCGGCUUCUCCUGAAAGGGAAGGUGGAAGCCGUGGGCUCGGGAGGGAGCCGACUGAGGCGCGGCGGCGGCACCUCCCGCUCCUGGAGCGGGGGGGAGAAGCGGCGGCGGCGGCGGCGGCCGCAGCGGCUGCAGCUCCGGGGAGGCGGUCGGAGUCGCCUGUCACCAUUUCCAGGGCUGGGAACGCCGGAGAGUUGGUCUCUCCCCUUCUACUGCCUCCAACACGGCGGCGGCGGCGGCGGCACGUCCAGGGACCCGGGCCGGUUUUAAACCUUCCCUCCGCCGCCGCCGCACCCCCGCUGGCCCGGGCUCCGGAGGCCGCCGGAGGAGACAGUCGUUCCGAGGAUUAUUCGUCUUCUCCUCAUUCCGUUGCCGCCGCUGCCAGGCCUCUGACUACUGAGGAGAAGCAGGCCCAGUCGCUUCAACCAUCCAGCAGCCGCCGCAGCAGCCAUUACCCGGCUGCGGUCCAGAGCCAAGCGGCGGCAGAGCGAGGGGCAUCAGCUACCGCCAAGUCCAGAGCCAUUUCCAUCCUGCAAAAGAAGCCCCGCCACCAGCAGCUUCUGCCAUCUCUCUCCUCGUUUUUCUUCAGCCACAGGCUCCCAGACAUGACAGCCAUCAUCAAAGAGAUCGUUAGCAGAAACAAAAGGAGAUAUCAAGAGGAUGGAUUCGACUUAGACUUGACCUAUAUUUAUCCAAACAUUAUUGCUAUGGGGUUUCCUGCAGAAAGACUUGAAGGCGUAUACAGGAACAAUAUUGAUGAUGUAGUAAGGUGUGCUGAAAGACAUUAUGAUACCGCCAAAUUUAACUGCAGAGUUGCACAGUACCCUUUUGAAGACCAUAAUCCACCACAGCUAGAACUUAUCAAACCCUUUUGUGAAGAUCUUGACCAAUGGCUAAGUGAAGAUGACAAUCAUGUUGCAGCAAUUCACUGUAAAGCUGGAAAGGGACGAACUGGUGUAAUGAUUUGUGCGUAUUUGUUACAUCGGGGCAAAUUUUUAAAGGCACAAGAGGCCCUAGAUUUCUAUGGAGAAGUAAGGACCAGAGACAAAAAGGGAGUAACUAUUCCCAGUCAGAGGCGCUAUGUGUAUUAUUAUAGCUACCUGUUAAAGAAUCAUCUGGAUUAUAGACCAGUGGCACUGUUGUUUCACAAGAUGAUGUUUGAAACUAUUCCAAUGUUCAGUGGUGGAACUUGCAAUCCCCAGUUUGUGGUCUGCCAGCUAAAGGUGAAGAUAUAUUCCUCGAAUUCAGGACCCACACGACGAGAAGACAAGUUCAUGUACUUUGAGUUCCCUCAGCCAUUGCCUGUGUGUGGUGACAUCAAAGUAGAGUUCUUCCACAAACAGAACAAGAUGCUAAAAAAGGACAAAAUGUUUCACUUUUGGGUAAAUACAUUCUUUAUACCAGGACCAGAGGAAACCUCAGAAAAAGUAGAAAAUGGAAGUCUAUGUGAUCAAGAAAUUGAUAGUAUUUGCAGUAUAGAGCGUGCAGAUAAUGACAAGGAAUAUCUAGUACUCACUUUAACAAAAAAUGAUCUCGACAAAGCAAAUAAAGACAAAGCCAACCGAUACUUUUCUCCAAAUUUUAAGGUGAAGCUGUACUUCACAAAAACAGUGGAAGAGCCAUCAAAUCCAGAGGCUAGCAGUUCAACUUCUGUAACACCAGAUGUUAGUGACAAUGAACCUGAUCAUUAUAGAUACUCUGACACCACUGACUCUGAUCCAGAGAAUGAACCUUUUGAUGAAGAUCAGCAUACACAAAUUACGAAAGUCUGAAUUUUUUUUUUAUCAAGAGGGAUUAAAACACCAUGAAAACAAACUUGAAUAAACUGAAAUUGGACCUUUUUUUUAAUGGCAAAGGGACAUUGUGUCAGAUUACCAGUUAUAGGAACAAUUCUCUUUUCCUGACCAAUCUUGUUUUACCCUAUACAUCCACAGGGUUUUGACACUUGUUGUCCAGUUGAAAAAAGGUUGUGUAGCUGUGUCAUGUAUAUACCUUUUUGUGUCAAAAGGACAUUUAAAAUUCAACUACGAUAAAUAAAGAUGGCACUUUCCCAUUUUAUUCCAGUUUUAUAAAAAGUGGAGACAGACUGAUGUGUAUACGUAGGAAUUUCUCAUUUUGUGUCGUCACCAACUGAAGUGGCUGAAGAGCUUUGUGAUGUACAGGUUCACAUCCUACCCCUUUGCACUCGUGGCAACAGAUAAGUCUGCAGUUGGCUGAGAGGAGAUCCUAGAGGGUUUUGCUACAUUCUAAUGCAUGUGUUCGGGUUAGGGGAAUGGAGGGAAUGCUCAGAAAGGCAUGUAUUGUAUGCUGGACUCCGGACCAUAUACCAUCUCCAGCUAUUUACACGCACCUUUCUUUAGCAUGCUACAGUUAUUAAUCUGGACAUUUGAGGAAUUGGCCGCUGUCACUGCUUGUUGUUUGUGCAUUUUAUUUUUUUAAAGCAUAUUGGUGCUAGAAAAGGCAGCUAGAGGGAGUGAAUCUGUAUUGGGGUACAGGAAUGAACCUUCCACAGUGUCUUCAAAGUCCACGAAUGAAGGGAUAUAAAAAUAAUGUGGUUGUAGAUAAGAAACACAGCAACAAUGACUUAACCAUAUAAAUGUGGAGGCUAUCAACAAAGAAUGGGCUUGAAACAUAAAAAUUGACAAUGAUUUAUUAAAUAUGUUUUCUCAGUUGUAAUGACCGCUCCAUCUCCUGUGUAAUCAAGGCCAGUGCUAAAAGUCAGAUGCUAUUAGUAGCUACAUCAGUCAACAACUUAAACUUACUUUAUUAGUUUUUCAAUCAUAUACCUGCUGUGGAUGCUUCAUGUGCUGCCUGCAAACUUCUUUUUUCUCAUUAAAUAUAAAAUAUAUUGUAAUGCUGCACAGGAAAUUUCAAUUUGAGAUUCUACAGUAAGCGUUUUUUUUUUUCUUUAAAGAUUUAUGAUGCACUUACUCAAUCCAAUAGCUGUCAGCCGUUCCACCAUUUUGACCUUACACAUUCUAUUACAAUGAGUUUUGCAGUUUUGCACAUUUUUUAAAUGUCAUUAACUGUUAGGGGAUUUUACUUGAAUACUGAAUACAUAUAAUGUUUAUAUUUAAAGGACAUUAUUUGUGUUAAAAAGGAAAUUUAGAAUUGCAGUAAAAUUUCAACACUGCACAAAUAAAAAGGCAUUUACUUUUUCAGUAGAAAUUGUCCCACAUAAUGCUUGUCUCAAUUUGCUAUUGAAAGGAUAGACUUUUUUUUGAUGUGCAGUGUUGAAUCAUUUUUUCGUAGUGUAGAGUUAGGACUAGGACUUCAAUUUCACUUCUUAAAUGUCAUAGAUUUUAUAUGCCCAGACUGCAUAUGAUUUUAAGCAAAGUACAACUACUAUUAUAAAGCUAAUGUGAAGAUACUAUUAAAAAGAAUUUUUCCCCAUAAAUUUGGUGUCUUUCAAAUUACACCUUGACCUUGAAACAUUUAAAUAUUUAGCCAAUUUAUUUCUUAAUCGUGUAAAAUCUCGCCUUCAAUAACUUAUUGGUGCUGAAAUUGUUCACUAGCUGUGGUGACCUAGUUAAUUUACAGAUUCAGAUUGCAUAGGACCUACUAGAGCAGCAUUUAGAGUUUGAUGGUAAAUAGAUUAGGCAGAACUUCAUCUAAGAUAUUCUUCAUUAAAUGUUGACAUAUUUUCCAUACUCGUCAGUUUCAUUCAAGUAAAUUUUUAGAUUUUUAACAAAGCUCUUAGGAUUUACACAUUUAUAUUUAAACCUUGAUAUAUAGAAAAUUGAUUGAAUGUUCAUUAAGUUAAAUUGGUAAGUUAGGGGCAACUAUUCCUAAGAUUUCAUUGAAAUUUAUAUGCCACCUGUCUUUCAUAAACGCUGAAAAUUGUUGACUAAGAUGAAAAUCAACUAUUCAUGUUUUGAAGGUAGUUAUUAAUACUAUUAUUUGUUACAGUUUUGGGCACAGUAUAUUAAAACAUAACUUGUAUUGUUCCAAUGUGUAACGUGGAGGGCCAGGUCAUAAAUAAUGACAUUAUAAUGGGCUUUUGCACUGUUAUUAUUUUUCCUUUGGAAUGUGAAGGUCUGAAUGAGGGUUUUGAUUUUGAAUGUUUCAAUGUUUUUGAGAAGCCUUGCUUACAUUUUAUGGUGUAGUCAUUGGAAAUGGAAAAAUGGCAUUAUAUAUAUAUUAUAUAUAUAAAUAUAUAUUAUACAUAACUACUCUCCUUUAUUUCAGUUACCAUCCCCAUAGAAUUUGACAAGAAUUGCUAUGACUGAAAGGUUUUCGAGUCCUAAUUAAAACUUUAUUUAUGACAGUAUUCAUAAUUAGCCUGAAAUACAUUCUGUAGGUAAUCUCUUUGAGUUUCUGGAAUGUUUUCUUACUUAGACUUUUUGGAUGUGCAGCCGCUUACAUGUCUGAAGUUACUUGAAAGCAUCACUUUUAAGAAAGCUUACUAUUGGGCCCUGUACCAUCCCAAGUCCUCUGUAGCUCCUCUUGAACAUUUUUUGCCAUAAUUAUUAAAGGGUAGUUGAAUAAAUAGCAUCACCAUUCUUUGCUGUGGCACAGGUUAUAAACUUAAGUGGAGUUUACCGGCAGCAUCAAAUGUUUCAGCUUUAAAAAAUAAAAGUAGGGUACAAGUUACAUGUUUAGUUCUAGAAAAUUUGUGCAAUAUGUUCAUAACGAUGGCUGUGGUUGCCACAAAGUGCCUCGUUUACCUUUAAAUACUGUUAAUGUGUCAUGCAUGCAGAUGGAAGGGGUGGAACUGUGCACUAAAGUGGGGGCUUUUAACUACAGUGUUUGGCAGAGUUACCUUCUACCCUGCCAGUUCAAAAGUUCAAUCUGUUUUCAUAUAGAAUAUAUAUACUAAAAAAUUUCAGUCUGUUAAACAGCCUUACUCUGAUUCAGCCUCUUCAGAUACUCUUGUGCUGUGCAGCAGUGGCUCUGUGUAAAUGCUAUGCACUGAGGAUACACAAAACAAAAUAUGAUGUGUACAGGAUAAUGCCUCAUACCAAUCAGAUGUCCGUUUGUUAUUGUGUUUGUUAACAACCCUUUCUCUCUUAGUGUUAUAAACUCCACUUAAAACUGAUUAAAGUCUCAUUCUUGUCAUUGUGUGGGUGUUUUAUUAAAUGAGUAUCAUUUCAAGUACUUAAAUUCUUUGAAAGUUUAAAUAGUGAACAGCCACAUGUGAUUAGGUAUUCUGUAAGGUUUUUUUGUUUUUCCUGCUGUCCUUCAAAGCCUUUGGUUAUAAAAGCAUUGGGCCUUUGCCAACUUGGGAGUAAGAGUAUCAAUCUACUCAUGUUCAAGAGAGGCACUUAAUAUAUUUGGGGCCUUAGUCAACACUUCAGUUGUUUUCAAGCAUUAAAUAACAUAGUCCUGAAAAAAAUUCAAGAUUCUUGAAAAUUUGAGUAUUUUUUUCCAACUAAGAUGUCUGAAGAAUGGAUUUGAUACUUCAAAUUUCAAUUUUGUUGCUUUUUCAUUCUUCAUGAUUCUGUAGCCUGCCACUGACAUAUGGGAAGCUUCAUCUACUCAUUGUGACUUGUGCCAUUUAAAAUUUGAUUUUCCAGAAUAGUUUAAAGGACAUUGUGUACUUGAGUUUAAUCUUACUGUUUCUAAUAUUUUUAAGAGUUUAAAGACUAAAAGCUUAUCCUUUCAACAAAACAUAGUAAAGUAAUAAGUGGAAGUGUAGCUUGUACAAAUGUUUUAAAAAUAAUGCAGAACAUUUAUGUGACAGUGGAAUUUAAUAUUUCAAGUUUAUUCUUUUCAUGUGACUUUACAAGUAGAUGUGAAUAAUGUAUUAUAACCUAAAGAACUGAAAAGUGUGUGUACACAGUUUAUUUUUUCUUCUUAGGUAUCUUAAGUAUGGUUGAAAACCAUAUACUGGAGUCUAAAUUAUUUCAGACGUGAUGUCUGAAAAAUAGGAAUUUACUGGUAAUUUAAUUUUUUUCACAUAUUCUCACUACACUGUAAUUUGAGCUAGUUUGGUUAAAGUGAAUGCCAUCAACAUUUCCAUUGAGAAUUAAAAACCACCAGUGUAUAACAUGCAGGCUUCCAAAGGCUUACAAAAAUCAAGACCAUUAUAUCUAGUUAAUUUGCUGCUAACGUCAGACUCGUUUUGUUCUUUUUUUCUUGCCAGAUAAUUUUCUGCACAUCUUAAACUUGGUCUUAAAUGGCCUAAUAAGUUUUGAGUAGCUGUUAGUACAGAAAGAAAUGUUUGUGAAUGGAAACAAAUACUCCGUCCAGACUAGUGUAAGGACAGUACCUAAAACAAGCAAAGAAGAUAAUAGAGGAAAAUGUUUUAACCUUUUAAAGCUAUUAUUGAUUUUCCUAUAGAAUUAGAUAACUAUAGGAGGCCUAAUAAUUAAGUUGCUUAUCAGUUGCUGUUAGUUUUAGAGCAAAUCCACUUUUAUAACCAUAAUCUUGCUAUUUUAACGUCUUUCAAGAAAACUUCCUUCUUGAAAGAAAGUAAGAAUGCAGGUAACCACUAUGACAAAUUCACAUUGGUUAAUGGCUUUAAAAGUUGGUAAAGUGAAGACAGGCAAGGACAAAACAGUUUCUUUGGUGUUAAUACCCUUUGGUUCUUAAAUUAGCUAUUUUGAGACUACUUUACCAUAACAUCAAAAUAAUCACUCAUAAUCCUACCACAUGGAGACAGCCAUUAAUACGUAAGUGACUAUACAAUCAUGUAUUUUCUGUAAACUCAUAUAUAUAUAUUUUUUUCUUUAAAAAAAUGAAAUUUGUACAGUAAAUACUCUCAAAACCUUUAAGCUUUGUAUUUCCAUCAUGGAUUGAUAGAAUAUUCAAUUACAUCAGAAAAUGAACUGAUUCAGUUCUAAAGCUACAUGUGCAGUUUAUGUAUGUUACUCAGAGCCCUUUUCCAAUUCAGUGGGUUAAUGAUGAAUGUUUAAGUAUUGUAGCAUCAGGAUGGUGUAUGUCUAAGUAAAUACAACAGUUAUAUUUAUGUACCAUAGACGAUAUAGAUACUUAUCUUCAAAAGCCAUUGUAAACAUUUGCAUUUUGGAAUUGUAUGUUAAAUAGUUAACAUAAUGUGUGAAACACUAUAUUAGUCAACUUCAUCAUCACGUAUUUCCUUUACAGGUUGGUAAAGAAGGAUGAUGAGCUUUUCAGUUUUUGUAGUUUCCAAACAGUUGCUCAAUUUAUAGUGAAUUGGUUUUAACACCUGCAAAAAAAGAAGCUAUUACUGGUUUAUCCACUUGUUUUCUUUAAAUCUGUGUUGCUCAUGUGAAUUCCAUCACUUCAAAAACAGUAUUUCACAAAUGGUUCACCUUUAGCUCUGGAACUUACUCUGUUUAGGUAAUUGGAGUGCUUAUAACACAACAUGCAACUCUUUUUUGACAAUUACUUGAGAAUGGAUGAAAAAAAUUUAGCUGGAGAGCAGUAUGUAACUUACAAACCAAUGUGUUGAUAUUUUAAGAACAUUUUUACUUAUAUGAGUAAAGUCAACUGCCAUCUUUGAGCAUUACCACAGUUUAAAAUAAAACUGCAUAUUUUUAAAGUCUU